AGCACCCAUCGUUAUAAGCAUCGGACCCCAUUUCUGAUCUUCACCAGCAACAGCCCAACUCAACCCCAAUUCCCAAUUCCCAAUUCCCAGCCCCCCUCAUUUUCUCUCUUACCAAAAACCCAAUAACCUCAGAAAAUUUCCCCAAAGCUCUAUCCCGCUAAUCGCCUCUUUGAGGGGCAGAAUGUUGACCAAAAUCUCCCACCUUGACAACCUCCCGUCCACCCCCGGAAAGUUCAAACCUGACAAAUCCUCACCGUACAUUAACCGUCUCCGAUCCCAGUCCAAACUCAUCCUCUGGUCCUCCUUCUUCGCUGCCUUCACUCUCUUAUUCUAUCUCUUCUCCACUCCUUUCGUGGGUCCACCCACAUCGUCACGCCGAGCCCUCGGCUCCGACUCCUGGGGCGGCCGUGACUGGGAACGCCGCGUGAGCCGCUCUGCCCGCAGGCGCUCGGAGUCCGGUCUGACCGUUCUCGUCACCGGGGCGGCCGGUUUCGUCGGGACCCACGUCUCCGUGGCGCUCAAGCGGCGCGGCGACGGCGUGCUCGGCUUUGACAGCUUCAACCACUACUACGACCCGAACCUCAAGCGCGCACGCCAGCGGCUCCUGGACCGCGCUGGGGUGUUCGUCGUGGAGGGCGACAUCAACGACGCGUCACUCCUCCAGAAGCUCUUCGACGUCGUGGCGUUCACCCACGUGAUGCACCUGGCGGCGCAGGCCGGCGUGCGAUACGCGAUGCAGAACCCUGGCUCGUACGUGCACAGCAACAUCGCUGGGUUCGUGAACCUCUUAGAAGUCUGCAAGUCUGCGAAUCCGCAGCCAUCGAUCGUGUGGGCGUCUUCGAGUUCGGUCUACGGGUUAAAUUCCAAGGUACCCUUUUCGGAAAAGGACCGGACUGACCAACCGGCGAGCCUGUACGCGGCAACGAAGAAGGCCGGUGAGGAAAUUGCGCACACCUAUAAUCAUAUAUAUGGUCUUUCGAUUACUGGGUUGCGGUUUUUCACUGUGUACGGGCCAUGGGGUCGGCCGGACAUGGCGUAUUUCUUCUUCACGAAGGAUAUUCUGAAGGGGAAGCCAAUUAAGAUAUUCGAGGCAGCUAAUCAUGGGGCGGUGGCGAGGGAUUUCACGUACAUUGAUGACAUUGUGAAGGGGUGCUUGGGGGCGUUGGACACGGCGAAGAAAAGCACUGGGAGUGGUGGGAAGAAGAAGGGUCCGGCGCAAUUGAGGGUCUUCAACUUGGGGAAUACGGCGCCGGUGCCGGUAACCGAGCUUGUAAGCAUAUUGGAGAAGCUUCUGAAGGUGAGGGCUAAGAGGCUGGUGUUGCCAAUGCCCAGAAAUGGGGAUGUGAGGUUUACACACGCCAAUAUAAGUUUGGCGCACAGGCAGCUCGGGUAUAGGCCUACCACCGAUUUGGAGACGGGGCUCAAGAAGUUCGUGCGGUGGUACCUCGAUUACUAUGUGGAGAAGAAAAGGAGUGCCUGGUGAUAUUUCUGAAUUUCCUUGUGUUUCACUCAUUUUGUGAGCAUUUUAUCAUAGUCGGUGAUACUGUCUUACAAGAAACAAUUGAUGUCCUGUGAUUCACAAACUGCUGGUUUGCAUCUGUUGAUAGGCAUUUGCUUGCAGGGCAUAGCCGGCUUUUGUCGAGGGAACAUGAGAAGAAACUCUUAUUGCUCUUUUCUACAUGUUUCUGCUUUAUUUAGGGUGUUAUAUUUUAGCUCAGGCUUUUGUACAGUCCAUGACUGAUGAUAGAUCACAAAGAUAUUCCAAUUGGUGGACUCAAUUUUAUCAUCUUGAAUGAAAUUGAAAUAAACAAACAAACAAAAAAUUGCAUUUGUUGCAAUGGGCCUUUAUAUUCUUUCAUCUAUUUUGGUAUCAUAUAUGCAAUCGUGUUUCCAU